AUGGCCAACAACCCAAGCGAAGUUGGCCGAGAAGGAGUCGCACCCGAGGCACUUAACGAGCAGGCCGAUGUCAGGGUCCACAAACCCGUCCGCAUGGACUGGUUCGACGCACGAACCGAUCUAUUAGCCAAACAGCUCUACUCUCCGUUACUGGGUGAUUUGAGGUUUGUCUUGUUCCAGCUUCAUAUCAUCAACGAGGCUGGAGCUUUCACUACGAGCGUCUACAACACAUUAUUGGAGUCGUAUUUGUUGGACGAUUCUUCGCCCUUUCCUCGACCGCGUACUCCAUCCUCGGGGCGUCUGUUUCUUGAGCACGCCAUCAUCACUAAGAUCUACAAGAUUGUGAUCAAGAAACGGGAAGAAAAGAAGAUUUUUGAGACUAUGGUCAGGGAGACGCUCGGGCUAGACAAGGGAGACACCCCCGUCGACAACACCGCGUUCACAAAUGGUGCCAGGAGACUCGUCGAGAUGACGAUACAAUAUGCCCUCGAUGUCAAGCUGGAGAUGCAAAGACUUUCACAUUUGCUCCGAGGCGUCACUAGCAGUGGCCCGACAGCUGAUGUGGUUUUCGAGUAA